AUGCCCACACUACUCAAAGUCAUGUUGUGUUACUUCCAACCUAACCCAGCACCAAGCCUGGAGAGUCGAAGUCACUGCAGUAUCUCAGAUGUUGAAUUUAAACAAUCAAUUCGCUCAGAGACAAGGUUGAUGGCCACCGGCCGGACCUUUGCACCCCAAGUCAGACAUGGAGGAUAUAUUCCGGCAAAGCAACCACGCACCCCACAAUCGAAGAACUCGUCCCCAUUUCAGGGUACCUCAAUCUACCGGGGAUCUAACAGCAUUGCUUCUGUUGAAGAUAUAUCGAAGAUUUAA